AUGGCUCGGGCUCUUGUGCUCGGCUUGGUGGUGGCAUUGGUUUCAGCAGAGACCGUGCACGAUUGCGUAGAGGCCAAAUGCCGUGGCUGCGGUGGUGAGCAGUGUCAGCUCUGCCGAGAAGACAAGAGCACCAUUUCUGCCUGUGUGUCAUCUUGCAUGGACACCAUCUGCAGGGGCUGCGGGGGCGAACAGUGUCAGCUUUGCCGAGAAGAUGCCAACACUCUCAGUUCUUGCUGCUCCGGAACCGAAGGCAUCGACAUCUGCAAAGCCGAAUCCAAGGAUCCCUGUGACGGGCUCUAUGGUGCCGCUGGCUUGCAAUGUGCAUGGGAACAGGAUGCGAAGAGUUGCAUCGAGACCAAAUGCCAUGGUUGUGGUGGUGAGCAAUGCCAGCUGUGCCGUGAGGAUGCGAACACGAUCGCCGGCUGCUGUGACGAUCACUACCAUUCCGUUGAUCCCCCAAAGAUGUGCAUAGACUCUAAAGAGGAGGCGGUGAACAGCUGCUUCGACAGCAAGUGUCAAGGCUGCGGUGGUGAGCAGUGUCAGCUGUGCCGUGAAGAUGCCAAAAGCGAAUGCUGCACCGGAGCCAUGCGAACUCCUUCCUGUGAAUCUUCCAGGGCUGUUCUUCCAUAA